AUGACUCUUCCUACUAUUAGAACUGUCGGAGUGAUCGGCACCGGCGUGAUCGGUUCCAGUUGGACCGCAUUGUUCCUGGCCAGGGGCUUGAAGGUCAUUGUGACUGACCCAGCACCAGGGGCAGAUGGCAAACUCCGAGAUUACUUGCUAAAUCAUUGGCCAACCAUACCCAAUGCCAAAGUGACACAAGACGAAUACUUGAAUAAUUUCAGAUUUGUUAAGGCAAUCGACACUUAUCUUGGGGAUUUGGAUUUGAUACAAGAGAAUGGACCGGAGAGGUUGGACUUCAAGCGCCGUCUUUUCGCUCAUUUGGACGCAAAUACCCCUGAGCACGUCCUUAUCGCAUCGUCGUCCUCCGGUCUCCCUUCAUCGGAAUUUGUCACUGAAUGCGAGAAAAACCCAGCCCGUAUUUUAGUCGGUCAUCCAUUCAACCCUCCACACUUAGUGCCCCUGGUGGAGGUAGUUCCCCAUCAAGGAACGGGUGAUGCGUACGUGACGGCUGCGAUCGAGUUCUACCGAAGCCUAGGCAAAGAUCCGGUGCUCGUCAAGAAGGAGACUCCCGGGUUUAUUGCGAACCGGCUUCAAGCCGCUGUUUGUGCGGAAGCCUAUAGCCUUGUCUCAAGGGGUGUAGUCUCAGCCGAGGACCUUGACAAAACCGUGACAUCUGGCCUUGGUCUUCGUUGGGCUUUGACUGGACCUAUCAUGACCAACACUCUUGGUGGAGGUGGAAACUUCAAUCAUGUUAUGGACCACCUGGGACCGGCGUUGAAAACGUGGCUGUAUGACAUGCGCCGGCAUGAAUUUGACGUGGAUUCUCAAGAUGUCGACGUUCUUAAACAGAAAGUGAAUGAGUGGACAUCGCGGGUCAACUUGAAAGAGAUUGAAGAAAGUCGUGACAAACUUUUGGUUGGCUUGAUCAAGAGCAAAACUGAGGGUUCCAUCUAA